AUGACCACGGCAUCUCUUGUACAAUGGCCCGGAUGGCCGACGAUACUCUGUUUCAGCGUGUUUUCAAGUUUGAUCCUGCUGUUCACUUCAACGAAAAGACGUCAGCGCUCGAUUUUCCCGCCUGCAGUUACGAGCAAAGAUGUCGAGCCGGAUUGUUACCCACCAGUUGAAGCCCUCCCAGAUUUUCACUGGCAGACUCAAGAGCCAGUAAAGAUUCGACCUUUCAAGCCAAAAUACAACUUGACCAUGAGCAUCCAGGAAGCCAAUGUCAGCGAGCUGAUUGAGAUGGACAAGAACUAUCUCGAGCGCAUCACACUACGAAAGAAGAUCAUGGCAGAGCAUACCGAGACCGUCCUCGGUGCUGCAGAUGGUGUCAAGGCAGCCGUAGACGAAUUCUACAUUUGGCUUGUCGGAACAUAUCUGCCAGCUCGAUAUCCUACCAUGUUCACAUUGUAUCCAGCGACGGAUGGGAAGCAAGAAUAUCUGCACAAUCUGGUCACAGACGAGCAAUACCCCAUUCUCCCACACUCUGAUCCGAAAGAUACGCUUCGUUCCAUGGGUGGACUAAUUGACGACGACCUUCUCUUUCUACUACCAUCGGAGGACGGCGAUAGCGUCAAGCUCAAGGGCUUUGUAACCUGUUGUCCGAACGGCUUCAACACGGCGCAGAAGCUAAACCUUAAGCUUCGAGAUAUCCAUACCCCAGUUCCUCAAUACAAGGAGAGGUUGGAGAAGAGCAUGGACCGAUUUUUCGAUAGAAUCAAAGUCGGCAAGUUUGUUAAGCGUGCAAAUGUAUGUCGUUCACAAAACUGGAGGGGUGGUUCAGACCAGCUAAUUGAUGCUUGCCAGUGGACCAUUCAAAAUACCGACCGAUUAUUCAGGGCAACUGGGAAUCAUGGGUAUGAGGGGGAAGAAACCACUAAAGAAGAUCUAGACCUCGAUAUUGCCCGAGUCCGCGUCGAAAGGCAAUUCCUCCAUCGUCUCCCUCAGACUCGAGCGCUCCUCUUUUCGUUCAAAACACUGCUAUACCCACUUUCAGAAAUCAAGGAAGAGGGGCUCGGCGAAACUCUUGCAGAGGCUAUAGAUGGUCUGGGAGGAGGCAACGCACCUGGUUUCCAUUUCUAUAAGCGGGCUGCGGUUUGGGGAGAGUCUGCCAAAGCAUAUCUUCGAAGUUGA